GGCAGAUUCUGGAAGAAAUCGCCUCCACUGCAUCGUUAUCGGUUAUAUUACAAAAUAUUCAGGAUACUUCUUUUGACCACUGCCGUCGACGGAGUCGCAUAAAAAUAGCCUGAAUAGACGUUCUGGAGCACGGAAUUUCAACUUUAACAACAAUUCUCGUUUCUUCUCGACUGUAGGAGUUGCUCUACCUUUCUGUUGAGGCAGCUACAUGAACGGAAACAGCUGAUCCGAAUAGACCGUAGUACGGUCGACGUUAGGUGUAGUACGGCACCCGUAUGAAAUGUAAAACGUCUAGCGCCACAUCGGCCCGCAUGUCACAAGCGCACGGACAUGGGCCAGUAAACUUAAAGAUAUUGGAAACACAACGCCAGCAACGGCUGAGUUUUUCGCGAUCGCUACGUAUAAUUAGUGUAUAGCGGAUAGCUGGACAUCCUUAUAGCAUCCCAAGUGUCAGCUGCAGCUUACAGGAGUUUCGCCAAAAUCCGGUGACUUGGAAAACCAUGGUGCCUGAGAUAUCUAAGAAGAUCAAGUGUGACAUAUGUGGUAAAACGAUUGUUCAGAAACUCGAACGGCAUAAAAGGAGCGGUGCCUGCCACAGCAAGAAUCCCGAUUAUCUUUGUUCGUAUGCACAAUGUGAAAGAUCGCGAAAGCCCUUCACUAGGCCAUCUGAUGCAAAACGGCAUCGUGAGACCUGUAAAUUUAGACCGUCAAACACCUCGUCAGGGGAAGGAACUACCGAACCGCAACCUCGAUGCGGAUCCAGCCGCGAUCGCAGCAGCGCUGUUGCUUUGGAACAACCGAGUGCGUCCGGUUCUGACAACUCCGAUGGUGAUUCCAUUGCAUUACGGUCGGAUCAGGACGGCUGCAAGGAUGAUUUAACUAGUGGUAGAGAAAGCGUGCAAGCAGGAAACGCAGCCGGCAAAAGCAGUGUAUCUGUAGGCAUCGAAUCGCCUUCGCUUCGCGCCAUUGACCCGCGCGAGUCUGAUAUGAAACAUGCAAACGAAGUCUCGACGAAAAUGGGUGUAAUCUCACGAAAAGUAGUAUUUCCGCCGCGGCGACUUUUCCCUCCUUUCAAGAAAAGUAAGGAAUGCGUUCGAAAACUGGAGUUAUCUCCACUGAACAAAUCUCUGGAGAUGCGGAUUCAGUUACAUGAUUCAGUUACAUGUGCUAAGGAUUUUUGCUUAACAUGCUGCAGUGUAAAUUAUGUAAAACGACGUCGCACAAGCGGACCCUAAUCUUCUAAUACUAAUUAAGGCCUAAUUAAAAUACUAUUGUAAUUAAGGUGCUGAUUUAGAAUGCUGACAAUGUUGUCGAAUGUUGUUGCUCGACAUGUUUUACAUCUUAGUGGAUAUGCUCUUUAUGCGGUCUUAUGUUUUGUUAUAUUUUCACUUCUGCAGUUGUUGCAGAUUUUUCGUUGUUCAAUGAUUAUGUAAUUAUAAUUGGUUUCCACUGCUGAAAAGAGA